AUGGAACUUCACAACAAAAACUUAAAACUUCUUUGCAGAGUUUGUGGACAGUUAUUAGGAAAAAAACAUAACUUUAUAGGAGAAGUUCUUAAAAUGAAAUUGGAGAAUCUGUUCCAUGUUAAGCUGACAGAUGUAGAUAUUAUCCAUCCUCCUAAUAUAUGUCAAAAAUGUUAUUGCACAUUAAACAACGUCCUUAAAAGGAAAACAUGGACUGCUCUUAGUCUUUGCACUCAAUGGAAACCCCAUUCUGAUAACUGCUUUACUUGCCAAUCUGUAGAAAAGCUUAGUAAAGGUUUAAUUUUUUCUAAUGUGCAAUCCAAAAAUAAAGCUAAAUGCUCUGGUCGUCCAAAAGAUAAUACAAAAAGGUGGACAUUUUCAAUGUUUGAAAUCAUACGAGAAAAAAUAGCCACAUUACAUGACGAGGAGAUAAAUAUAGAAGAAUUAAAUAAUGAGUUAAACCCUCAUUUACAACUUUGUUUAUGUAGUAUAUGUAGUAGCAUACCAAAGCAGCCUUUAACUUUAAGAAAAUGUGAACAUCUUCUCUGUUUUUUUUGUAUAGUAGAAAAUAUAAAAACAAAGCCGAUUAGUGACACAGUGUGUCCUCUAUGCAAAGAACAUAUAGUUUAUGAAGACUUAUCAACUAGUAAAAACACUAUUUUUCUUAUUAAAAUGUUGACUGUUGCAUGUAUUACAUUCACACAAAAGUUUAAUAUAGUUCAAGAAUAUACUAUAUACAAGGAUCAUAAAAGCAUAUGUCCAAAAAAACUUUUUUGUCACUAUCAACAUCACCACAACCAUCAUCAACAACAUCACAUCUGA